AUACAGAUACUGCUUACUCUGCAGUGCACUGCGCAAGUCCAGUGACUAGAUAGACUUUAUACACUAUUCGGAUAGAAACACGGUAGGGAUUUGGAAAAAGAUGUGCGCAAGUGUUGUAAUGUACUGCCUGGAAAAAUCGCCAACUUGUGUAUGUUGACAUUAUUUGAUGCGGGCAAUGUAGAAUGCCUUAUUUACAAAUUGUACAAGGGGAACGAAUGAUCAUGGAAUUACAUACAUGUUUUCACGUCAACGAAUUUUGCAAAUAGGGCAAUAUCCUGGAGUUAAAACCAGUGUGGAUUUCAAGUAGUGCAUAGUGUUCAUCAUUCUGAUACAACUGUCAUAUUUUUAUCGCUCGAUCAAGAUGUUUCAAAUAUGAAUUAAUAGGCCUAAAGACAAAAGAGUUUGAGGGACAGGAAAUAUAGUUCUUUGAAGGGGAAUUCGAUUUUAGUUUGAAUUUCUUUCAUUUUGGAUGAUACCACUUAGGAGCAUAUUGGUGAACAUACUACAGCCGAAAACAUGGGGGAGGUAAUGGCAGCCGACAAGGUGUCGUGGCCGCAGCUGUUCGACAUGAACCUCAACGCAACCUCGGCGAUAUACUCCCCGCACCAGUCCCGGCAGAUCCUCUCCAACAACGGCGUCUCGUUUUGGCCGGGGGAUAACAACACCACGAACUAUGCCACGACUAAUGGUACUAUUACAGAAGCACAGUUGCGCAACGAAUUGAGUGUCCACCGAGCUGCUGCCACAACAAAUGGCUACCACCACAACAUGGGCGAGCAACAGCAAUCGAGCCUUGGGCUGACGGGCAACUGGCCCGAGAAAUAUAUAAAUGAGAAUUUACCAUUUGGCCACCCACAACAACAUCACCACUACAGGGAAGAAAGGCAUAUCCCGGUUACAGCAACAACUCAAACGAAACUCAUCACAUCACCAUAUGGCAGCAUAGGGGACUUGGCCGACCAAUUCAGCGAUCUUUCCCUCAUCCCCGUUAACGACAGAAAACCCGGCAAGAGACCGCCCCCAACGUAUCUCUGCCAUCUAUGCUUCAACAAGGGUCAUUAUAUUAAAGACUGUCCAGAGGUAAGUUUGGAUUAGUUUUUUUUUUUGGGGGGGGGGGUGGUAGCCCUGAGUUGAGGCCUUGUGUCUUAUAUAGCAACGCUGAGUGACUUAAAGGGGAAGUUCACUCUGAACCUGUUGAAUUGAAUAAAAAGAGAAAAAUCAAUGUUUUUUUAUGAUUCAUGAAGAUACAGUUCCUUUUAUAGUCAAAUCCGCAAAAUUAGAAUUUUCUUCUUUGAAAAAAAUACAAAGAAAUAGUUAGGAGUGAUAUCAUUGCCCCCUCCUUUGCCUUUGCAUAAAGGCCUAACUAAUUCUUCUGUGAAAAAAACAACACAACUUUAAAUGUUGGGUUUAGUAUGUAACUUUCUUAUUUCACAUUUGAAUUUGUUGACGUUUUCAGCAUUAUGCUUGUCUGAUUUUUCUCUCUUUAUUCAAUUCAAUCCUUUGUUGGAGUGGACAUGCCCUUCAAACUAACUUUAAACAACUGCUUUGUGACUGGAGGAAAAAACACAGAUCACGGACCAAUGUAUGAUUAGCACGCUGCCCUCGACCAGGGGUUCGGUAGAAGCAGUGAUGAAUCAGCACACUAAUCUCUAAUUUCUUGUGCUAAUUUUCUGUAAAAGUUGUUCCGGUUACCUGAGGGUCCUACUACAGCCUUGCAGACUGUUAUACAUGGAGGACUUUGGCUUUGCCAUACACAGACCCAGGACUCCGUCUUACGAAGAGUUGCUAUUGAUCCAAUCAACCACAACUAUGGAAAGCCAGCAACAUCAACAUCUAAAAUACAUGCUUGUUUUAAAUAUUUUAUAGAUAGGACGUAUGUAUUUACAUCUAUUGUUUUCUUGUAAAUUCAGUGUGUUUGUCUUUGUUUACAAAAGACAUUGUGCGAAUUUCCUGCACAAAAAUCUAUGGCAUUCAUGGAUUUCCAUAUUGUUGAGGUUGAUCGGAUCAAUCGUAACUCUUUGUAAGACAGGGUCCAGCAGAGUUGUUUUGUUUUGAAUCAGCUGGAAAGGAGACUGACCUAGUUUUCGAAGGAUAGGAACAGCAGUAGGCAAUUGACCCUUGUGCAGGAGAUGUGAGCACCUGUCUCGGUAGCUAGCUAGUGAUGGAAUAUUAUCUUUGUGUAGGCCUACAUAUAUCUUUUAUUGUCUUAUGGUAGAUUGUUGUAUGUUAAAAGUAUGAUAUAUAUACAGGUACCUAAUAUAAUAUGCCUAUAUCUAUUUGCAGGUUUGAUAUACACACAUGUAUAAUGUAUUGUAGUCUAUAUGCAGGCCUGCUAUAUGGUACACUAUUAGACUUGCAAACACUGUUUCACAUGAAUUUGCCUAGGUAAAUAAAUUGUGAAGAUUAAAGUCAAAGUGGGAUAAAUUGAACAAA